AUGGCCAUGGCAGUGGAAGCGGAGAGGACCGUGAUGUGCCUUCUGACGGACCCAGAUGACACUCCAUUAGGACAGUUCAUGUAUCUUCCUCAACACACUACCACCCUCCAACUCCAACAAAUCGUCAAUCGCCUUCUUCAAAAUGAGGAGAAGAUGCCUUAUACUUUCUACAUAGAAAAUAAGGAACUUAAUGAGGCGCUGGGUGUAUAUGCGGAGAAGAACAAAAUUUCUGUGGAGAAGGUACUCAAAAUCGUGUAUCAACCACAAGCUAUUUUCCGAAUUCGUCCUGUCAAUCGUUGCUCGGCCACAAUUGCUGGUCACUCAGAAGCUGUUCUUUCAGUUGCUUUUAGUCCUGAUGGUCAACAGUUGGCGAGUGGUUCUGGUGAUACCACUGUCCGAAUAUGGGACCUUAAUACUCAAACACCUUUGUACACAUGUUCAGGACAUAAGAAUUGGGUUCUUUGUAUUGCUUGGUCUGCUGAUGGAAAGUAUCUUGUUAGUGGGAGCAAGUCUGGAGAACUUCAAUGUUGGGAUCCACAGACAGGAAAACCAUCAGGCAAUCCAUUGAUUGGCCAUAAGAAAUGGAUUACUGGGAUCUCUUGGGAACCAGUCCACCUUGCUGCUCCAUGUAGACGAUUUGUAAGUGCUGGGAAAGAUGGUGAUGCACGCAUAUGGGACAUCACAUUGAAGAAAUGCGUUAUGUCUCUCACCGGCCACACACUUGCAAUAACCUGUGUAAAAUGGGGUGGAGAUGGUUUUAUAUAUACAGGUUCCCAAGAUUGUACAAUCAAGGUCUGGGAGACUACCCAAGGGAAGCUGAUUCGUGAAUUAAAGGGUCAUGGGCACUGGGUUAACACUCUUGCAUUGAGUACUGAAUAUGUUCUUCGCACCGGAGCUUAUGAUCACACUGGCAAAAAGCAAUAUUCAUCUCCUGAGGAAAUGAAAAAGGCAGCUUUGGAAAGGUAUAACAAAAUGAAAGGCAAAGCUCCUGAAAGAUUGGUUUCUGGAUCAGAUGAUUUCACUAUGUUUCUGUGGGAGCCUUUUGUCAGCAAACAACCCAAAGCUCGCAUGACAGGUCAUCAACAGCUUGUAAACCAUGUCUACUUUUCACCUGAUGGUCAAUGGAUAGCAAGUGCCUCAUUUGAUAGAUCUGUCAGAAUAUGGAAUGGUACAACUGGCAAGUUUUUUGGAGUUCUACGGGGUCAUGUUGGUCCUGUUUACCAGAUCAGCUGGUCCGCAGACAGCAGGCUACUUUUAAGUGGCAGCAAAGAUUCAACUCUAAAGGUUUGGGAUAUCAGGACUAUGAAACUGAAACAAGACCUCCCAGGUCAUGCAGAUGAGGUUUACGCUGUUGAUUGGAGUCCAGAUGGUGAAAAGGUUGCUUCUGGUGGUAAGGAUAGAGUUUUGAAGUUAUGGAUGGGUUAA